AUGUCCUCUUUGCUAAAAUUUUAUACUUCUUCCUUGCAGAAAAACCCCAAGACCACCAAUGCGAUCAUGACAGGCAGUCUGUUUGGGAUCGGAGAUGCGGUCGCGCAAAUCUAUUUCCCAGCGGGCUCCUCACAGGGCAAAUACGACACGGCCAGAACGCUUCGGGCCGUGGCGUUUGGAUCGCUGGUUUUCUCGUUUAUCGGUGACAAGUGGUACAAAAUUCUGAACACGCGGAUCGGAUUCAAGGAUAGACCUGCGACUCAUUGGUCUAAUCUAUUGUUGCGGGUGGGCACCGAUCAAGCCGUUUUUGCGCCUCUUGCUGCACCACUGUACUUUGGAGUCCUGACUUUGAUGGAAGGUCGUCCCUUAUCGGCUGCUCGCAGGAAAAUCAGCGACAACUGGUGGGAAACGCUCAAAACCAAUUGGAUGGUGUGGCCAUGGGUCCAAUUGGCUAAUUUCUCUUUGGUUCCUGUGCAACAUCGUCUUUUGACCGUUAACGUUGUCGCCAUCUUUUGGAACACUUACUUGUCCUUCAGAAACGCUAAAACCACCGAUCCUUCGCACAAAUUGCCCGUCCAAUAUCCUCCCAUGCCUGAAUAA